CUCAUUUCCUACCCAACCUACUGUGUCUCAUAGGAUUUGGAUCACUACUAAGCUACUGAUUGUACAGCGACACCGCCCCUACUACAUCUUCUACUUUCUUUCCCCUUCCGUCUCUCUUUUUCUACGACCAGAGAGAAGAAGGCCAGACCCCAUAUUCGACCGCCUCGCGACUGGAGGCCAAGAACACGACAGAUCGCAAGGACACCAAUCACGAAACACGAAGACGAAUUUAUAUACAUAGCAUGUCUUACUACAACAAGGCUUCAGAGGCCCGGAAUGGGUACGAUGAGAAUUACGACCUGCACAACACGGGCGGAUACAGGGACGAGCCCAAUGGAGGAUACGGGCAGAACAACGGGAGCUACGCCUCGGUAGGCAACGGGAGCCAAUACCCGAUGUCUGGACCCGGCGCCGUAGCCUCGUCCAACCCCUACACCCCUCAGAAGAAGAAGUCCAACCGUAAAAAGUGGAUCAUCGGAGGAGUCAUUCUCGCCAUCAUCAUCAUCCUCGGUGCCGUCCUCGGAGGCGUCUUGGGAUCCCGAGCGGGAGGGGACGAUGACAACAACACCAGCUCUAACGGGUCCAACCAGGGAGGAGGGAACAACAACGGCGCUGCCGAUCCUAGUUCGGGAGGAAACGCCGGGACUGGGAACGCUGGACAGACGGCGGCUGAUGGGAACGCUUAUUUGGCCAUCUCGACGGAUGCCAACUCGCUGCCCAUCUACCCUACUGCUACCGCUACUUCCGGCUACGCUGCCCCUACUGCCGUUGCCGCUGUAUGGCCUACCGACACUGAAUCCCCUAGCACCUCGUCUCCCCGAUCGCACCCCCGACUCUUGGCUCCCGCUUACAAGUGGCAAGCCCUCCGAUCCGGUCUGAUCGCCCAGGACCCUUAUCUCACCCAAUGGAACGAGACCAUCAUGGCCAACGCUCAGACGAACCGCAACUCGGACCUCUUGGAGUACAACCUCGAUGGAGGUUUGACGGGCAGUGGAGUGUUGGACAUCGCCCGAGAGUUGAAGGUCAGAGUCAAGAACUAUGGAUAUGCGUAUCAGAUGACGAACGAUACCGCGUGGGUCGACCGGACUUUCCUGGAGCUGAGGACGUGUGCGGGCGACAACCCGGACAUUCCCUUCGGAACCGAUAACACCAGGUGGAACCCUCAGCACUUUUUGGACGUCGCCGAGUUUGCCUCUGCCUACGGCAUCGCUUACGAUUGGCUUCACUCCGUCUGGACCGACGAGCAAAAGACUCAAAUUCGAGGUUGGAUUAUCGACUUUGGUCUCAGCUUUGGUCAGGCCGUCUUCAACGGGACUGCUGAUGGCAACACUGUCAACACAUGGUGGACUCGAGGCGGAAGCGACCCUAUCGCCGGAAACUGGAACUGUGUCUGUAACGCCGGAUUGACCAUGGCCUCGCUCGCCAUUCUCGGAGACGACACCACGGGUACCGCCGAGGCCGUUCUCGGAUACGUUCCUGACAACGCCAAGGCCGCUUGUAUGUUGGCUGUUAGGGAUGACGGAACCUGGGCCGAGACCCCGGACUACUGGUACUUUGGAACCACCGGUGCCGCCGAGAUGAUCUCUGCCUUUGUGACCGCUUACGGCGAUGACCAAGGGUUGCUCGAAUCCGCCCCUCAGUGGAACUUGACCAGCUUGUUCCACAUGUACAACCAGGGCAUGACUUACAAGUUCAACUGGGGUGACAACGGUCCCAACAAGUUCUCCGCCACCGCCAACUCGCUCUUCCUCUGGGCCGAGCGAUUCGGCGAGCCCAGGUACGCUUUGUACCAGAGGGAUCACCCUGACGCUGCCGAGCCUUGGAGCAUGUUCUGGUACGACCCGUCUUAUCAGGGCGCUUGGUGGGCGAACCUUCCUCUCGACCGCAACUUCGAGGACGAGCGUGACGCUUGGGCUUCCAUGAGGUCGAGCUGGACGGAGACCGACGGGACUUUUAUCGCCAUGCGAAGCGGACUCUUGACCGGUCAUCAGACCCAUGGAGAUCUCGACGUUGGUGACUUUGUCAUUGACGCGCUCGGUCAACGAUGGGCCGGAGAGUACGGGUCGGGCCAGUACCUUUCGACCGACUACUUUUCGAACGAGACUCAGGGUUCGGCCAGGUGGACCUAUUACACCAAGGCUACCGAGGGACAGAACACCUUGUUGCGUGAUGGUGCCAACCAGCUCGUGACCGCUGCGCCUACCCACAAGUUUGACUCUACCGGCGAGGCCCAGGGCGCCGCUCCCGGAUACGAGGUCCCUGCCGGGUCGUCUGCCUUUUACACUACCGACAUGAGCAGUGCCUACAGCGAGGGAACCUUCCAACGAGGUAUCCGAUUCAUCAACGAUCGAAAGCAGAUCUUGCUCCAGGACGACGUCACCGGUGCUGGUGCCGAAGUCCAGUGGCGAAUGCAAACCAAUGCUACGAUUUCUUUGGCCGAGAACAACAUGGUCGCCAACCUGGAGCUCGGCGGACAAAAGCUCGCUGCCAGGAUCCUCAGCCCCAACACCGCCACUUUCGCCGAGGCUGAUCCCGUCAAGUUGUCGACCGACCCAGCAUCGCCUCCUGAGGCUUCGUGGGACGGCAACACCUACGAUGGUAACCCCUCUCACCCGGGCGUCCGUGUCUUGACCAUCACCAUGCCUUCGGGAACCGACUUUUCGCUUCAGGUUCUGUUCAACCCCGAAUACUCCGGCGACGUAUCGCUUAUCACCCCUUCAUCGGUGCCCAUCACCGACUGGUCGAGGACUUCGCACAACAACUAAGAGUGUGCGAGAACCGGAGCCUGUGGAUGACUGCAACGAACGAUGGACCUUGGUAUGACCGCCGGAUCUGAUUGAUCGGAUGACCUUGUACGAACCGAGAAGUGGGGUCUCCAUGCACCACUAUCACCUUAUAGAAAACAACUCACGCCCACACGCUGCACGUUGCAAGACGUUGACUCUGUCGUCUCUAUAUCCUUUCCACAUGAACAUUAUAUCCCGUCUGUUCACGUCGUCGGGGACCUUGC